AUGAGUGUUCCACCUAAUAAAAGCAAACCGUCCCACAAAGCGGCUAUAAAAUGGUCCCCCUCGACGCCGAUUAGAAAACAAGACAACAUCAUAUCUUCAAAAGCCCGAGAGAAAAAUCUUUUGGGAUUCAAACCUUCAUACGAAGUCGAAAAUGAACCAGUUAACAUGAAAUUUUUGAUGAGUAACGAGUACAUGAGGAUGUGGUUCAAACAACGAGCCGUAUUUGAGAAAUACACGUAUACGAGGGAGGAAAUUAUAAAAUCUGAAAGUAAAAUUCAUCGGAAGUUCGUGCAGAGGAUGAUGACGUACAGAAAACCUGGUAAAAACGAAUUGGUAGAACAGAAAUUCAUGGAAAAGAAAUUGACACCAGAACAAUCGAAAGAUUUGGAAUAUCAGAAACUCAAAUUCAAACCCGAUUGUUCAACAAUUUCCACAACGAAAGUACGAAAAAAUAAAAGAAACGUAAACCGACAAGGUGAAAAUAAAGAUUGCGUACCUUGUUGUGAAUGUAAAAGUAAUUAG